AUGAAGCUCGUGUUGGGUCCAGAAUUCCCAAACGCUCCACCAAAGGGCUUCUUUGUGACUCGGAUAUUCCACCCGAACGUGGCCAAGAAUGGCGAAAUCUGUGUGAACACCCUGAAGAAGGACUGGAAGCCAUGCCUUGGUCUGCGCCACGUACUCAUUGUUGUUCGGUGCCUGCUCAUUGAGCCUUAUCCCGAGUCAGCUCUUAACGAGGAUGCAGGCAAGCUGCUUUUGGAAGACUAUGAGGCGUACGCCAAACACGCUCGACUCUUCACGUCCAUUCACGCCCCAUCUUCAGCAGCAGCAGCAGCAGGCACCACAGCCCUUGCUGCCGGUGGUGCUGGUGGGAGUGCUCCUCUUGCUCCCAACCGCUCGAUUGCCAACGCUGAGGUGCAGAGGGAGGAGGGUGUGGGUGGUGGAGCGGGGGGGUCGAGCGGGGGCCUGCGCAGUGCAGGAAGCAAGGGGGAGAAUGGAGCGAGAGGGGGCCAUGAGAAGAAGAAGGUGGAUGCGAGGAAAAAGAGCCUUCGGAGAUUGUAG